AUGCCUUCCUACACUGAAGCUCAUGCCGACCCCAAGGGCCCUAAUGAUGCCCGCCCAACAGCUAUGCAAAUCAUUAAGGAUGAAGGCAUGGAAGGGAAACUCACUGGAAAGGUCGUCGUCAUUACCGGUGUUUCCUCCGGUAUUGGCAUCGAGACAGUCCGAGCCCUCGGAGCUACCGGAGCCACCCUUUACCUGACCGCUCGAGACUUGAACAAAGCCAAGGGAGCACUUGGAGACAUCUUCGAGCCCAGCCGAAUGGAGCUUGUCCAAAUGGACAAUGCAUCAUUGAAAAGCGUGCGGCUCGCCGCCAAAGCCAUACUGGAAAAGACGAGCAAGAUCAAUAUUCUCAUCGCAAACGCCGGAAUCAUGGCUGUCCAGAAUCUACGACAUACUGAAAGUGGCUACGAAUUGCAGUUUGCAACCAAUCAUCUUUCCCACUUCCUGUUAUUCCAGCUCCUCAAGCCCGCACUUUUGGCUGCCUCUUCUGCAGACUUCCAGUCGCGAGUUGUCAUAGUAGCUUCCGCAGGACAUCGGCCCCACGGUCUGAAUGCUUCUGACAACUACCACUUUCAGAAGGGCGACUAUGAUCCUCGCAGCGCAUAUACUCAGUCGAAACUGGCUAAUGUCUACAUGGCCAAUGAGAUUGAGCGUCGGUACGGAUCCCUGGGUCUGCAUGCGCUCAGUCUUCAUCCCGGCGUCAUUGCGACUGCUUUGGGUCAGCAUAUGCCCGAUGAGGUGAUCCAGGGGAUGUUGCAGGAUCCAGAGAUGCUCAGGAACCUGAAAAGUAUUCCGCAAGGAGCAUCUACUACUGUUUGGGCUGCUGUUUCGAAGGAAUUGGAGGGCAAGGGAGGGCUAUAUUUGAGUGAUUGCUCGGUGGCUGAGCAUGAUGCCGAGGAUGAGAGUCCACUUAGUCCGAAGGCUACCAGCCAUACUUAUAAUGUCGAUGAGGAAGCUAGACUAUGGAAGGAUUCAUUGGAGAUGGUGGGUCUGUCUAAGGAGGAGUGA